AUUCCGAGCAGCCGGUAGCGCAAGACGGAUUGGAGCGAAUCCAGGAUGCCAUGAAGUACAUCAAGAAGCCAAUAAUCGACCCAGAAACGAAGAAACCUUGCAGCAGAGGUCUUCAUAAAGCUCAGCUCUUGUUGGAAAGUUGCGUGGAGACGGUGGUCAUCAGCAAGUUGGGAUCUUUCGAAUUCCCGGUGGCCAAACGGCUUGGUGAGCUCUGGCAGUUUCCCUCUGACCAUCCGCCGAUUGCGGCCCAACUCACACUUGGCGAGUGCUCCCUCAAGGUUGCUUCAUGUAAUGUGCUGAAUAGGAACUACUACAAGUACAUCGAUGCAGAUACGCAAGGACUCAAAGGUUCGCAGAUAACAACGUUGCAUGAAGCGGAAACAAGAGAAAACGUGAUCAUUGAAAAGAUUCAGGAGAUGUUGCUGAAGACAAAUAUCCACAUUUUAUGUUUGCAAGAGUGCUGGCCCGAGCUAAUUGCAGAGCUGAAGGCAACUUUGGGUGAGAACCUUCUGUUUGAGACGCUCUGCAGUGGGGAUGAGCAGGACAAGAACCAGGAGGUGAUUGUCUUCGAUUCCAAGCUCAGGGUGAUGCUUGUUCACCAUCAUACCCCCUUCUCAGAGAACUCCAAGAAGGUGGUGACAGAAGUCCAUUUCCAGCUUGAGACAGAGUCUUUGCGUGUGGUGACGACGCAUGUGCCUGGUGCUCCCUUUGGGCGUGCCCGAAGAGAAUUUGCGGAUCGCCUUGCGGAAAUCGUGAACGGAAAGAAGCUUCCAACCGUGCUGAUGGCAGACCUGAAUUUCCCUGAAAAGGAUUCAAGAAGUCCCGGGGGCACUUGGGUGCUGGGCUUCAAGAAGUAUCUUGUUAAUCUUCAGCCGGUCAGAUGCCCUAAGUACAGUCCCUUGCCGCACUUGAAGGUCAAACAGGACAACGCUGCCCACGUGCAAACUUGUGCCUUCCGGAUGUCCAAACGGGCGAAGCUCCUCGAAAAUCACGAAGGAGAUGAUCCAAUGGAGGAAGAUGUGCCAGCCAACGGUUCCUGGGAUGAGGAGGAUGCCCAUGGAGAAGCUGCGGAAGUUGAGGAAGAGGCGGCCAAAGAACCACCAGCUAUGACUUACGAGGAUUGGGAGUACGAGCUUGGGGGCUAUGACUCUGAGGCUGAGUGCUUGGGCCAUGCGACGUCUUCGGACUAUUACAGGGCUUACAAGCGCAUAGCUGAAAUCAAGAUGCUACGAGCUGCAGAGCGUGGUGAGUGCCUGGAUCGUGCAAGUGCUUCAGAGGAGUCCGCAAGCUCUGAGCAGAGCUACAUGUGCAAUGGUGACUAUGAGGAUGGCGCUUCUGGCGAGAAGCAUCCUGAAGACCAGAUUCAUGACUGGUGGAACUCUUUUGCUGAGGAGGCUGGGCAGCCCAGCGCUGAAGGCGAUGGAGAGGCUCCCACCUGGUCGUUUGACCAUGCCGAACAGAACCAGUUCUAUGACCCAGAGGACGAGGAGUGGUUUGAUCAUUGUUAUGAGGUGGAGGCCAAGGACCAUGACCUCUUCAAUGAUGAGGCCAUGGAUUGCGAGGAUAAUGUUGAGGUGCACAGCUGGCCUGGGCAUAAGGAUGGCCACGAUGGUGAGGCUCCUUCUUGCAAGGCUAUUCCGGAGUGGGACGAGUCCUAUGGAUAUGGCCUUGCUGACCAAGAGGUGCUGUCAUGGUGGAUUGACAACGUGGAGCAUUACGACCACAUUGCCCAGGAUUCCAAAGCUGUGGAAGAAACGGACCGUGUUGAUGAGGCGCUUCAUGGUGAAGAGAAUCACCCCUCUGAGGAUUCCACACACCUUGACUUGAUCAGCAUCAGCAGCAAGGAGGAUGCAUUCACGGAGAUGGAGGUGGAAGCCCUCAUUGCAGAGUACAUGGAUAUGCCGGGCACUGAGGUUCUGGACCCGCCGCCUUCCAGCAAGGCCAAGACUGCCACAAGCCCAUUGUUCAACUCUUUCCCAACAAAAAAGUGAAAAGUGAACAGCCG